AGCUUGGCAUUUUUUUUUACCAUGAAUUGGGCUGUGAGUGUCGGAGAUGCAAAUGCGACAAGGCAGGUCGCUUGUGACGUAUCGCCUUUCUGCGAUAUUCGCGUGCGGCUCCACCUCGAAAUAAAGGAUCAUCACUUUUUCUUUUAACCCCAUACAAUGGCUGAUCAACUUACAGAGGAGCAGAUUGCUGAGUUCAGAGAGGCUUUUUCUCUUUUCGACAAGGACGGUGAUGGCAGCAUCACCACCAAGGAACUUGGUACCGUUAUGCGCUCCCUUAACCUCAACCCUACCGAGGCCGAGCUUCAAGAUAUGAUCAACGAAGUUGACAGCGAUGGCAACGGAAACAUUGACUUCAGCGAGUUUUUGACCAUGCUUGCCAGAAAAAUGAAGGACACCGACUCUCAAGAAGAGAUCCAAGAAGCCUUCAAGGUCUUUGACAAGGACGGUAACGGCUUCAUCUCCUCCGCAGAACUGCGCCACUUGACUGAUGAAGAAGUCGAUGAGAUGAUCCGUGAAGCUGAUGUCGAUGGUGAUGGCCAAAUCAACUACGAAGAGUUUGUCAAGAUGAUGAUGUCCAAAUAAGUGCGUUGACUUUUAAGUAUAUAAAUAUAUAUAUCUAUAUUCAAAAGACAUGAGAUGUAUUAUUGCCGUGGCUAGUUGUCUUAUGAAGCUGCUGUUGUUUUUGUCAUAAAAGAA